UCUUCCUCUUACUCAACAGCAAAAUGCUUAGGGUCUUCAAUUUUCGUGUUGGAAUUCGCUUAUAUUCUAUAAAAGCAGCUAAAAAUGAUGCAAAAAAAUAUACAGACACCAUUAACCUGCCAAAGACCAAGUUUCCCAACCGCCUGUCAACAGUGAAACGUGAAGAACAAGAACGUCAAAUUUUGGAGAACAAGAUUGCCGCUUCUUAUGAGUAUCAGGAACACCAGUUAGCAGAUGGGAAACAUCCCACAUUUGUGCUUCACGAUGGACCGCCCUACGCAAAUGGACAACUACAUAUGGGCCAUGCCGUGAACAAGAUUCUGAAAGACAUCACCUUGCGACAGCGAGUGGCUCAUGGUCAGCAGGUUAACUAUAUUCCCGGCUGGGAUUGCCAUGGCCUGCCCAUUGAACUAAAGGCAACUAGCACAGCACCGGGUCAAAAUGCUCUGGAAAUCCGAAAGAAAUCUCGCUCCUAUGCGUUGGAGGCCAUCAAAUCCCAAAAGGAGGAAUUCAGUAGCUGGGGCAUAUUAGCCGACUGGAAAAAGGAUAAUAUCUACAUGACUUUCCAGCCAGAGUUCAUUGUCAAUCAAUUGCAAAUGUUUCACAAUCUUUACGAGAAAGGACUAGUUUAUCGUGAUUUAAAGCCCGUUUACUGGUCACCUUCUUCCAGAACAGCCUUGGCGGAAGCAGAGCUGGAAUAUGACCCCAAUCACAUAAGUCCUUCGGUAUAUGUGCGGUUUGCUCUAAAUCCAAAUGGCUUAGAUAUAGAAGCCGAAAAUAAGAAAUUAUAUGCCCUCGUAUGGACCACAACUCCGUGGACGUUGCCAAGUAAUCAAGCCAUUUGCUACAAUGCCUCUCUGGAAUACGUUUUAGUCAGGUUGUCGGAUCACAACCCGGAUGAGCUGUAUCUCGUGGCAUCGGCUCUUUUGGCAGACUUUGAAGCCAAUACGCAGUUUAAAUGUGAAAUUGUCCAGCAUUUAAGUGGAGCCUCCUUGAGCCAUCUCAGCUACAAACAUCCAAUAGACAAAGACCAAUCUAAUUUACCCUUCUUCGACGCCAGUCAUGUCCAGGAUAGCAAGGGUACGGGAUUGGUACAUACUGCUCCUGCCCAUGGACCAGAAGAUUUUUUGGUUAGUUUGGCCAAAAAAAUUCCAGUGAAAUGUUUGGUAAAUGAAGAGGGAAUUUACACUAAGGAGGCUCCAGAUUUCCUAAGCGGAAAGUCGGUGCUGGGACAAGGAAAUGCUUUAGUCCUAGAGCACAUAACAAAUGAUGUAGUGCACUCCUCCGAACUGGAACAUUCCUAUCCCAUAGAUUGGCGCACCAAGCAACCUGUGAUAAUUCGUGCAAGCGAGCAGUGGUUUAUAAAUACUGAGAAGCUGAAGUCUGCUGCUGCAGAUGCCUUGGAGCAAGUGGAAAUCUAUCCCCGAAACAAUGCCGAGGCCAGCAAAAAGUCCCUGCUUACGCAGCUCCAAAAGAGACCGUAUUGGUGCAUCUCAAGACAAAGGGCAUGGGGCGUUCCCAUACCCGUUCUCUAUUGUCGGCAGACUGGAAAAGUGGUACUUAAUUCCGCGUUGAUCGAGCACCUUUGCGAGAUAUUGUGUCAAGAAGGAUCCAUUGACUUCUGGUGGGCCAAGUCAGUAGAGGAACUUGUACCCGGUCAUGUACUUAGUGAACUCGGCUAUGAAGCCAAAGAUCUUGUGAAGGGUAGUGACAUUUUGGAUAUAUGGUUCGAUUCUGGCAGCACUUGGUCUGCUGUGCUGAAAAAGGAUAAAAUAGCCGAUUUGUAUUUGGAGGGUUAUGACCAAUUCACUGGCUGGUUUCAAUCAUCCCUGCUAAUGAGCAUUGCAGCUCGAGAAUGUGCUCCUUACAAGGCCCUCUUUGUACAUGGAUUUACAGUGGACGAGAAGGGCUAUAAGAUGUCCAAAUCAUUGGGAAAUGUCAUCUCACCUAAGCAGAUAACCAAAAAGUAUGGAACAGAUGCUCUUCGUUGGUGGGUUGCCUCACAUGGAACGCAGCACAUGUCGAUUACGGUCAGCGAUAAGUUGCUGCAACAGGCGGCUGAAAGUCUUAGUAAGGUCCGAGGUACUCUAAGGUAUCUAAAAGGUGUUAUUGGAGAGAAACAAACGAAUCAGGAGGAGUUAACAAUUUCCGAUAAAAGCUAUUUAAACCGCUAUUUGCUUAGCCAGUUGGUUGAGUUCGAAACUGAGGUAGAGAAGCUGUACAAAGCCUACGAGUACAACCGUGUGGUGGCCUGCACUCAAAACUUCCUUGCCAACCAAGUGUCUGCGAUCUAUGUGCAUUUAAUUAAGGAUCGCCUGUAUUGCGGCGAUGAUCAGGAGUUGCUUGCAAUUCGCCAGACGCUUACCCACUGCUACCAACAGCUUUGCAAAAGUUUAUGGCCCAUUGUUCCCUUUCUGGUGGAGGAAAGCUGGAGUUAUUACGAUGCCACGGGCGGGGCUUUCCAUGAGCAAAGUAUCCGAGCUAAUCCCAAAUGGCAGGACACAAGAGCCACAAAGGUGGUUAACACAGCGCUCGAUGUGAAACGACUUAUUAACCAGCAAGCUGGCGAUGUGAACUCUUGGCAUUUGGCUGUGACUAUCAAGGGAAAACAAGGAAGCCAACUUGAUCUACUCCAAGAUCUCCACCCCACUCUGGAGAAAACUUUAAAAGAUUCGGAGCUGUGCGAGCUUUUGCAAGUGGGUUCUGUAACCCUUAUCCGGUCCGAUAAUUCCGACUUGGAAAUAUCCCUAAAAACUCUCCAAACUCCGCUGUGCCCUCGCUGUCGUCGCUACAGUCUAGAGGAGAAAGACGAGCAGGAGACCUGUCAACGUUGCUCUGCGGUAAUGAAUGUUAAAAGCUAAGCGUUAAGUGUUUUCGGUUUUUAGGUGUAAAUAAUAAAUUUAUGUUUUCAAAAACUCUGUAAGCA